ACUCCAUCCCACACCCUCUUCAGAUCAUUCAUCAUCUUUAUUACAUGCAAUAUUAUCUCCAGGGACUGUAACUAUGGAGCUUAUAGUGAUUACUUUGUUUUUCAUUAUUAGUCUCUCCUUAAUAUUUCAAGCGCCCUGUGCUUCUUCUCUUCACAUUCAAGUGCAAUCUUCGCAUGAAAAAGCAGCCAUUGAAAUACAACUUUCUGAUCUGCCGACUCUGCCAAGAAAGCUUAGAGUCACUGCUGAAGUAACAGUUAAACAACAUGGAGGUCCAGAAACAAUGUCACGCAACAACCAGGAGAGUGAGCCUGUUCAAGCUGGGAAGAAGACAUACAAUAAAGAAAAGGGAGAGAUGCAUGGAGGCAAAGGGACAAGGCAAGAAUGGGUGGAGGGGACAGACACGUCACAAUAUUUUACGAUGGAUUAUUCUCAUGUAAAAAGACGACGCCCCAUACAUAACAAGUCCUUGCCGGUUGGUCCCUAAAACAUGCCCCCAUAUCCCAGUACCAGUACAAAUUAAAUCAACCUUUUUGGGUUACAAUUUUGUUUUUGUAAUUACGGAAUUGAGGAAGGUGUUGUUUCUUCAUAUCUUUAAUGGCCGACAUUGUUGUUACAAA